CUGGGCUUUUUGUGCGCUCGCGUGUGUGAGUGUGUGUGUGGAGGGGCGAGGUUCACAAACCGGUUGCUCUUGACGCUUCCAUUUCGUUUUCUCCAAGGCUGGAGAUCUUGGACGGAGGAAGCCCUGGAGGAGCAGGAGGAGCGGGGCAGCCGCAGCUGCUGCCCCGUCUCUGCCUCAUCCCCCUUUUCUCUAUCCAGCAAAAAAAGGGGAGAAGCCCCAGAAGCACAAGAUUUUCUCCUCCUUCACCCUGCCGGUGCAAAAAAGAAAGAAACAGAGAAUCAAUAACCCCAGGGCGCCGCCGGAUCCGGCUACGAAAAGCCAUGGGCGAGACCUGAAAAGGGCUGUUGCGGGAAGUUGAGCCCUUCCUCCAAGGACUGAGCCUCGCCCUCACCUCCAUCGCUUGACGGCUCCCUCCCUUUUCCUUCUCCUCCUCUCCUUCCUUCUCGUCGAGCCUCGCCCCUGCGUGGCAGCGGCGGCAGCGGCGGCAGCAGCAGCUGCUUAGCCUCCUCCUUCUCCUUUUGCUGCCUUCAAGCUCCAGCCGCAGCCAGCCAACCUUCGCCAGGAUCGCAGCAGCAGCAGCAGCGGCGGCAACCCAGUGAGCCUCGCUCCCUCCCUCCUCCUCUGGCGCUGGGAUGCGUCUUCCUCCUCUCGGCUCGGCUGCCAGCUUGGAGUGCUGCGACGCGCUUGGAGCACUAUGGCUCGCUUCGGAGACGACCUACCCAGCCGCUAUGGAGGUGGCGGCGGGGGUGGCGGCGGCGGUGGCGGCGGGCCGGUGGUGGGCGGCGGAGGCCGCGGCAGUAGCCGCCAAGGACCCCCGGGCCAGCCCGGCCAGCGACCCCAGGUGUACAAACAAUCUAAGGCCCAGCGGGCCCGGACCAUGGCAAUUUACAACCCCAUCCCGGUCAAGCAGAACUGCUUCACUGUCAACCGCUCCCUCUUCAUCUUCAGCGAGGACAACGUGAUCCGCAAGUAUGCCAAGAGGAUCACGGAGUGGCCUCCUUUUGAAUAUAUGAUCUUGGCUACAAUCAUUGCUAAUUGCAUCGUCUUGGCCUUGGAGCAACACUUACCAGUUGACGACAAGACGCCCAUGUCAGAGAGGCUGGAUGACACUGAGCCAUAUUUUAUUGGAAUAUUUUGCUUUGAAGCUGGCAUUAAGAUCAUCGCACUGGGUUUUGCUUUCCACAAAGGCUCUUAUCUCCGAAACGGCUGGAACGUGAUGGAUUUUGUUGUCGUCCUUACAGGGAUUCUGGCUACUGCUGGGGCUCAGUUUGACUUGCGGACACUGAGAGCUGUCCGAGUACUGAGGCCGCUGAAGCUUGUAUCAGGAAUCCCAAGUUUGCAGGUUGUUCUCAAGUCCAUCAUGAAGGCAAUGGUACCUCUCCUGCAGAUCGGGCUCCUCCUCUUCUUUGCCAUUGUGAUGUUUGCUAUCAUUGGGCUGGAGUUCUACAUGGGGAAGUUUCACAAAACCUGCUUCAACAAUGAAACAGGGGAGAGGCUGGGAGAUUUCCCCUGUGGAGAGGAGAGGCCUGCAAGGCAAUGUGAGGAAGGAGAAAUUUGCAAGCAGUACUGGGAGGGCCCCAACUUUGGAAUCACCAACUUCGACAACAUCCUCUUUGCUGUGCUCACUGUCUUCCAGUGUAUCACGAUGGAGGGUUGGACUGACAUUCUCUACAAUACUAACGACGCUGCAGGGAAUAUGUGGAACUGGCUUUACUUCAUCCCCCUCAUCAUCAUCGGCUCUUUCUUCAUGCUCAACUUGGUCCUUGGUGUCCUAUCAGGUGAGUUUGCCAAAGAACGAGAGAGAGUUGAGAACAGGAGGGCCUUCCUGAAGCUCCGGAGGCAGCAGCAGAUUGAAAGAGAACUCAAUGGCUAUUUGGAGUGGAUCUUUAAGGCAGAGGAGGUGAUGUUAGCAGAAGAAGACAAGAACGCCGAAGAGAAAUCACCUCUUGAUGUGCUGAAAAGAGCCACAAUCAAGAAGAGCAAAAACGACCUAAUCCAUGCUGAAGAAGGGGAGGACCACUUCACAGAUGUUUGUUCUGUUGGUUCACCAUUUGCCCGGGCCAGCCUGAAGAGCGGCAAGAAUGAGAGUUCCUCCUACUUCCGUAGGAAAGAGAAGAUGUUCCGCUUCUUCAUCCGGCGCAUGGUGAAAGCGCAGAGCUUCUACUGGAUGGUCCUCUGUGUUGUGGCUCUCAACACCCUGUGCGUUGCCAUUGUGCAUUAUGACCAGCCAGAGGGGCUCACUACUGCUCUGUAUUUUGCAGAAUUUGUCUUCCUCGGCCUAUUCCUCACAGAGAUGUCUCUGAAGAUGUAUGGCCUGGGGCCAAGAAACUAUUUCCAUUCUUCAUUCAACUGCUUUGACUUUGGGGUGAUUGUGGGGAGCAUCUUCGAAGUCAUUUGGGCUGCAGUGAAGCCCGGGACGUCCUUCGGCAUCAGCGUGUUGAGGGCUCUCAGGCUGCUGAGGAUUUUCAAAGUUACCAAGUACUGGAACUCCUUGAGGAACUUGGUGGUCUCCUUGCUGAAUUCAAUGAAGUCCAUCAUCAGCUUGCUGUUCCUCCUCUUCCUCUUCAUUGUUGUGUUUGCUUUGCUGGGGAUGCAGCUUUUUGGAGGACAGUUUCAUUUUAAUGACGAAACACCAACCACAAACUUUGAUACUUUCCCCACUGCUAUUCUAACUGUGUUUCAGAUUCUGACUGGAGAAGACUGGAAUGCAGUGAUGUACCAGGGGAUAGAAUCUCAAGGGGGUGUCCACUCAGGAAUGUUCUCUUCCAUCUACUUCAUUGUCUUGACACUGUUCGGUAACUACACGCUCCUGAAUGUCUUCUUGGCCAUUGCUGUGGACAACCUUGCCAAUGCACAGGAGUUGACCAAGGACGAAGAGGAGAUGGAAGAGGCCACCAAUCAGAAACUUGCCCUGCAGAAGGCCAAGGAAGUAGCUGAUGUUAGUCCCCUGUCAGCAGCUAACAUUUCCAUAGCAGCCAAGCAGCAGAAUGCCUCCAAGUCCAAAUCCGUGUGGGAGCAGAGAACCAGCCAGAUCCGAAUGCACAACUUCCGGACGAGCUGCGAAGCUCUGUACAACGAGCUGGACCCAGAAGACCGAGUUCGCUAUGCUACCAACCUUCACAUCCGCCCAGAUAUGAAAACUCACUUGGACCGCCCCCUAGUGGUUGAGCCAAGGAGUGACAGCCGCAACAACAACAUCAACAAGCUGAGUCCCGUUGAUGUGCAAGAGGUCGCGGAGGAAGUGAAGCCCCCACCAGCUGUGAGCACUGAGGGGCAGCGGAAGCAUCACCGACAUCGAGAUAAGGACAAGGGGGGAGAUCAGGAGAAGAGCAAUGUGCCGAAGGAUGAGAAUGGGGAAUCUGGCCCAAACCAUAAAGAGGAGCGUCAUCGAACACACAGGAGCCGCAGUAAAGAAGGCGAGAGGAGUGGGAAGGAAGGGAAAAGUGAGCGCAGCAGGGGCCAGGAAGGAGGCAGGCGGCAUCACCGCCGUGGGUCAGUGGAGGAAGGAGCCGAGAGAGAGCACAGACGCCAUCGGGGUCACCGGCACUCAGCCGAGCGUCAAGCAAAAGAAGGCAAUGGAACCAUCAACGGAGCCAAGACGGAGCGUCGUUCCCGUCACCGGGGAGGGUCCAGGCCUGGGAACCGGGAAGGCGACCCUGGCUCAAAAGGUGAAGGCGGUGAAGAACCCCACAGACGGCACAAGAUGCGGCAUAAGGCCCUGUCCACAUAUGAUUCAGUGGACAAGCCAAACGGGGAAAAGGAGGGAGAGGCAGGAGAGAAGGAGCUGAGGAAUCACCAGCCAAGGGAAGGUCAGUGUGACACAGAGGAUAGCGGGAGUGUGACUGUUGCCCCUCUGCACACCUUGCCUAGCACUUGUCUGCAGAGGGUGCUCGAACAGCCAGAAGAUGCUGACAAUCAGAAGAAUGUCACCCGCAUGGGUCAGCCAUCUCUGGACAAAUCUGCAACUGUGAACAUUCCUGUCACUGUCACGGCACCUCCUGGGGAAGCCGCCAUCAUACCAAUGAACAACAUUGAAUUUGAAACUAAAACAGAAGAGAAGAAAGACAUGGAUGUGGAUGAUGACUUUACAGAGAAAGGACCAAAACCUAUCCUGCCAUAUAGCUCCAUGUUCAUCUUAAGUCCUACAAACCCAAUCCGGCGCCUGUGCCAUUACAUUGUGAACAUGCGUUACUUUGAAAUGGUCAUCCUCAUUGUCAUAGCCCUCAGCAGUAUUGCCCUGGCAGCAGAAGACCCUGUCCAAGCUGAGUCACCAAGGAAUGAGGCUCUCAAGUACCUGGAUUACAUAUUUACAGGUGUCUUUACAUUUGAGAUGGUGAUAAAGAUGAUUGACUUGGGCCUGAUACUUCAUCCCGGUGCCUAUUUUCGUGACCUCUGGAACAUCCUGGAUUUUAUUGUGGUCAGUGGGGCUCUGGUAGCUUUCGCCUUUUCAGGGAACAAAGGCAAAGAUAUAAACACCAUCAAGUCCCUGAGAGUUUUGAGAGUCCUUCGGCCUCUGAAGACCAUCAAACGUUUGCCAAAGCUGAAGGCAGUCUUUGACUGCGUGGUGAAUUCUCUGAAGAAUGUCCUCAACAUCCUCAUUGUCUACAUGCUCUUCAUGUUCAUCUUUGCAGUCAUAGCGGUGCAGCUUUUCAAAGGGCGAUUCUUCUACUGCACGGACGAGUCCAAGGAGCUGGAAAAAGACUGCAGAGGCCAGUAUCUCGAUUAUGCAAAAGAUGAUGUGCAAGCUCAGCCCAGGCAAUGGAAGAAAUACGAAUUCCACUAUGACAAUGUCCUCUGGGCUCUGUUGACACUCUUCACUGUCUCCACAGGAGAGGGGUGGCCAACUGUUUUAAAGCAUUCUGUUGAUGCAACAUAUGAGAACCAAGGCCCAAGCCCUGGGUACCGGAUGGAGAUGUCCAUCUUCUAUGUGGUGUAUUUUGUCGUCUUCCCCUUUUUCUUCGUGAACAUCUUUGUGGCUUUGAUCAUCAUCACCUUCCAGGAGCAGGGAGACAAAGUGAUGUCUGAAUGCAGCCUUGAGAAAAACGAGAGGGCCUGUAUAGACUUUGCCAUAAGUGCCAAACCCCUGACCCGCUACAUGCCUCAAAACAAGCAGUCGUUCCAGUACAAGAUGUGGAAAUUUGUGGUGUCUCCUCCUUUCGAGUAUUUCAUCAUGGUCAUGAUCGCACUCAACACCAUCGUGCUGAUGAUGAAGUUCUAUGGUGCCCCACAGCCAUAUGAAGAUAUGCUGAAAUGCCUCAACAUUGUGUUUACAUCCAUGUUUUCUCUGGAGUGUGUGCUGAAGAUCAUUGCCUUUGGCGCCCUGAAUUAUUUUCGUGAUGCCUGGAACAUCUUUGAUUUUGUCACAGUCUUGGGAAGUAUUACUGAUAUUUUAGUAACAGAGAUUGCGGACACGGACAAUUUCAUCAACCUCAGCUUCCUCCGCCUAUUCCGGGCAGCCAGGCUCAUCAAGCUUCUUCGUCAGGGCUACACCAUCCGGAUCCUCCUCUGGACCUUUGUCCAGUCUUUCAAGGCGUUGCCUUAUGUAUGUCUUCUCAUUGCCAUGCUCUUCUUCAUCUAUGCCAUUAUUGGCAUGCAGGUCUUUGGAAACAUUGCACUGAAUGACGACACUGCCAUCAAUCGACACAACAAUUUCCAAACGUUUUUGCAAGCCCUGAUGCUGCUUUUCCGGAGCGCCACUGGAGAAGCUUGGCAUGAAAUCAUGCUUGCAUGUCUCAGCAACCAAGCCUGCGAUAAGCUCUCCAACCUUGGCAAAAAUGAGUGCGGCAGUGACUUUGCCUACUUCUACUUUGUCUCCUUCAUUUUCCUCUGCUCCUUUCUGAUGUUGAACCUGUUUGUGGCUGUAAUUAUGGACAACUUUGAGUACUUGACACGAGACUCUUCCAUCCUAGGACCCCACCAUCUUGAUGAGUUUAUCCGCGUCUGGGCUGAGUACGACCCUGCAGCCUGUGGGCGUAUCAGUUACACGGACAUGUAUGAGAUGCUGAGACACAUGUCCCCACCACUUGGACUGGGAAAGAAAUGCCCAGCUCGCGUUGCCUAUAAGCGCUUGGUAAGGAUGAAUAUGCCAAUCUCAAAUGAUGACUUGAGUGUCCACUUCACAUCUACGCUGAUGGCCUUGAUCCGCACUGCCCUGGAAAUCAAACUUGCAUCAGGAGUCCUGCAGCUCCAGUGUGACAUCGAGCUGAGGAAGGAGAUCUCGCUAGUUUGGCCCAAUCUUUCCCCAAAGACCUUGGAUCUGCUAGUACCGCCUCAUAAACCUGAAGCCAUGACAGUGGGGAAAGUCUAUGCAGCCCUGAUGAUCUUUGACUUCUACAAACAGAACAAGAACACUCGAGAUCCCGCCCAUCCAGCGCCUGGAGGUCUUUGCCAGACUGGAACCGUGUCCCUUUUCCACCCGUUGAAAGCAGCGCUUGAACAAAGCCAGCCUUCAGUAUUCCCCAACGCUUUCCUGCGCCAAAAGAGCUCCGCUUCUCUCAACAAUGGAGGUGCCUUACCAACGCCAGAGGGAGGAGGAAUCAAGGAGUCUGUUUCAUGGGGAACUCAGCGGACACAGGAUGUGUUUUAUGAAACGAGGACACCAGCAUUUGAGCGUGGCCAUUCAGAAGAAAUUCCCAUUGAGCAGACAAGCAAACAGGUAGUAGAAAUGCGAGAGAUCAGUUCAACAAUGGCCAAUGGUGACCACCAGCCUGGCCUGGAGAGCCAGGGGCGAGCUGCCUCCAUGCCCCGCCUGGCAGCAGAAACUCAGCCCAUCCCAGACACAAGCCCCAUGAAGCGUUCCAUCUCCACACUGAACCCACAGCGUCCCCAUGCCACACACCUCUACGAACAUUCCCGGCCAGUGGAGCACACCCACCACCAUCACCACCACCGCUGCCACAGGCGGAAAGAGAGGAAACAGAAGUCUAUCGACAAACCACCCAACCACCUGGCUGAUGGUGAGGCUGCAGGUGAGGCAACAUCCAAAACCAAAAAGCAGGAGAGGGGCCGGUCCCAGGAGCGGAAACUUCACUCCUCUUCAUCCUCUGAAAAGCAGCGCUUUUACUCCUGCGACCGAUAUGGGAGCAGAGACCACUCACAGCCCAAAUUAUCAGAGCGCAGUCAGCCAACAUCGCCCAAUGGAGGGCAAGAGCAUGGAACACAGAAACAGGGCAGUGGUUCAGUUAAUGAGAGCCCCUUGCUGUCAACUUCGGGUGCAAGCACCCCGUCCCGUGGCCGGAGGCAACUGCCACAGACCCCACUGACCCCGCGCCCCAGCAUCACGUACAAGACUGCCAACUCGUCGCCUGUGCACUUCUCCAGUUUCCAGACUGGCCUGCCAACUUUCUCCCCGGGACGCUUGAGCCGGGGUCUCUCUGAGCACAACGCUUUGCUGCAUGGUGACUCCCAGGGCCCCUCGCAGCCCCUAAUGGCCCGGAUUGGCUCAGACCCUUACCUGGGGCACCGGGAAGACAGUGACAGCCCAUACCAUGCUGUGCCUGAGGACACACUCACUUUUGAGGAGGCUGUGGCCACCAAUUCAGGACGGUCAUCCCGGACUUCUUACGUCUCCUCCCUGACAUCCCAGUCCCACCAAAUCCGUAGAGUCCCCAAUGGAUACCAUUAUACAUUGGGCCUCAGUGCCGGCCCUGGGACCAGCACCAGAGCACGUAGCUAUUACCAUGAACGAGAUGAAGAUGACUGGUGCUAGCAGG